AUGAAAGAGUUUGCUUUUCUUUCUGGUGGCCGAGGGAAAGACAAGGCUUGGAUUAUCACCCUCCCCGACAACGCUCGCUUCAACGAGGUGCCCGAGGAGAUCCUGUCUAAAGUCUUAACCUACCUAACGUCAGUCCCGAGUCAACAUGAGUCUGACACCAAAUUUAUCCUCAUCCUGGAUAGAAGAUUGGACACAUGGACAUCGGUCAAAAUGACUCUCCAAAAAAUAGCAGCGUCUUUCCCAGGGAACUUGCACUUAGUGAUGGUUCUUCGUCCCACGGGGUUUUUCCAGCGCACCUUCACUGACAUUGGAUUUCGGUUCAGUCAGGAGGAUUUUCUACUCAAGUUACCGGUUGUUAUGCUGAGCUCGGUUAGCGACCUGCUGACGUACAUUGAUGAACAGCAAUUAACCCCAGAGUUUGGAGGCACCCUGGAGUACUGCCACAGCGAGUGGGUCAUCUUCAGGACUGCAAUAGAGAGUUUUGCACUAACUGUGAAGGAAAUCGCACAGAUGUUACAAUCCUUUGGCACGGAGCUAGCAGAGACCGAGCUACCGGACGACAUGUAUUCAAUCGAGCGCAUCCUGGCCCUGCGCACGGAAAAGUACUACCAGCUCAAGGAAGAUAUUAGAGCAGUCACAAAAGAGGGAAACUUGCUUUUGAGCAGUUUUGAAGAGCCUGACUCCGGGGAAUGCAGUCAGGACCCACACCACGAGAGGCCUGGGGACUGGGAGACUGUGAAUCGGUUACUUGGUCAGCUGCGUGAGAUGGAGACUGCUUUUGAUGGCUUCUGGGAAAAACAUCAGUUAAAAAUGGAGCAAUAUUUACAGCUGUGGAAGUUUGAGCAAAGUUUUCAAGAGGUCAAGAAUGCCAUUGAAUUUUUAAUGGGUCAGCAAGCGGAGCUGCCCGACACUGGCGACAGUGUCCCCCAAGUAAAACAGAGGCUCAAGGACUUGGGUCAUUUCGAUGGUAUGGCUCAGGAUCUGAUAGGGAAGGCUCAGGUGGUGAUACUACACGGACACCAGCUAGCAGCAAAUCAUCACUACGCACUCAACUUAAUUUGCCAGCAAUGCAACGAGCUGCGGCACCAUUCUGAUGUCUUGUCUGAUGAGAUCAAAAGGAAGCAGCUGCGGCUGCAGAAGACCUUGGAUCUUCAUACACGCCUUCAGCAGGCUCUGCAGUGCUGCGAUGAAGGUGCCUACCUGCUCGCCAACCAGCAGAUGGAUAAGUGCCAGUCUAAAGAAGGCGCUCAGAAAGCUCUCCAGGACAUAGAAAGAUUUCUUGAAAGCUCUUCAGCCUACUUAAACUAUGAUCCCCAAGCCCUACACUACGAUUUUGAGUCAGUCUUAACAUCUGAAUUGAAGUGCCAGAUACAGUCAGUGCAUGUCAAGCUUGAAAACGUUCGGAGCAUGUUUGAGAAUCGGCAGUCUUGCUUCAAGAAGCUGUUGGAUAAACACGUGCGGCCCGUCCAGUUAGUAGCCCCUCGGCCAGAAAAUCCACCAAGAGCAAAAUCACCAUUAUUCUCUCCUAAACAUGGUAAAAUAUUCUAAGUUUAUGGUAUUUUUGGAUUAUAAUAUUGCUUUGAGGCAGGAAGAAAAACAUCAAGAAAAACUCUAAGUUCUCGCAAGAUCGAAGUAAUGCACGACUAUCAGGAAAAACGGAAUUCCUUGCAGUCUUUUAUUUCAGACAGUGAUGACAACUUAGAUAUACUAAAAGGCCAUGUCAUAAAUGAGCUUAUAGAAACUGAGAGAGUGUACGUAGAGGAACUCUUCACUGUUUUGACGGGCUACAGAGCUGAGAUGGAUAACCCCGCCAUGCUCAUCCUCAUGCCUCCUGUGCUGAGGAACAGGAAGGAUGUCCUCUUCGGAAACAUGCCCGAGAUAUAUGACUUCCACAACAAAAUUUUCCUGCACAGUCUGGAAAGCUGCCUGGGAGCACCCGAGAGAGUGGGAUUUUGUUUCCUAGACAGGCGAGAGGAUUUCCAGAUGUAUGAGAAAUACUGCCAGAACAAGCCCCGGUCGGAGUCCCUGUGGAGGCAGUGCUCCGAAAGCACCUUCUUCCAGGUGAGCUCUUUGUUCCUGCCAAACAAACUCGGGCUGGAUUCCUAUUUGCUCAAACCAGUGCAGCGCCUGACAAAAUACCAGUUACUUCUGAAGGAGUUGCUAAAGUACAGCACGAGCUGUGAUGGAGUUCAGGAACUUCAAGAAGCUCUGGUUGCAAUGUUGGAUUUGCUAAAGUCAGUGAAUGACUCUAUGCAUCAGAUUUCAAUAACAGGAUAUGAUGGUGACCUGACUGAACUGGGGAAAGUAUUGAUGCAAGGAUCUUUCAGUGUUUGGACAGGACACCGAAAAGGUCCAACAAAAAUGAAGGAUCUUGCCAGGUUCAAGCCAAUGCAGAGGCAUCUGUUCCUGUACGAGAAAGCCUUGGUCUUCUGCAAGAAGCGAGAGGAGCAUGGAGACGGAUAUGACAAAACUUCAUCUUACAGUUUUAAGCAUUUUUUGAAAAUGAAUGCAGUUGGAAUAACUGAGAAUGUCAAAGGAGAUCAUCGGAAAUUUGAAAUCUGGUAUAGUGGGCGAGAAGAGGUCUAUGUCGUGCAGGCCCAAACAGUAGAUCUGAAGAUGGCAUGGUUGAAUGAAAUAAGAAAAAUUUUGUUCAAGCAGCAGGAGCUUAUAAAAGUGGAGAAGCAGCAGCCCGGCUCGUGCACGGACCAGCUCCCACUCUCUUCCCAGCUGAGCGAUGGAAAGCAGCAGAGAGCCUCCAUAAGCUCAGAAGAGAACGACUCGGAGCGCACCAGCCCGGUGAUGCUGGACAGCGGGCUCCCGUCCCCCCAGAACAAGCCCCACAGAAGCUGGCCGGGAAUGUCACAGUCCCUGGAAAUCUGUGAGGGGCUGGAGGAGUGGUCGGGUAACCAGUACCUCUCCAACUGCUCGGACACCGAAGAGGAGGACGGGAACCAGCUGUCUCCAGGAAAAUAUAAAGCCCUUGCAGACUGCAAGAGGAGAGGAUCAGAGGACCUGCUGGUGAAAAAUGGGGAUGAAAUUCAGCUUUUGCAUGAAGAUGGUGAGGGACAGUGGUUGGUGAAAAACCUAAACAGAAGAAAAGAAGGCUGGAUUCCUGUCCACAGUCUGCAGAUAGUAGUCGGCGACUGCAGAUUUCGGAAUGCCAAAGUCGCAGAUGCUGCCCUGUGUAACACGAGAAAGUUUAGUUCCCCUUGAAUUGAGGGUGAACUAGUAGCAUCCUAUUUUCGAUGCUCUUUGGAAGCUUUCAACUAAGUGUUACAGAGAAAUAGCACAAUAGUUGGAGUUGUCCUGUACUAUUCAUCACAUUCACAGACCUCCACAGCUUCAUCUGCACUGAACGGGACUGGGGUCCUAAGCAGCUUCUCAUAAUCAUAAAGGAAGCCAUUCUCUGCUCUUUCUUUUUUUUCUCCUAUGGAAAGUACAGUAUUUUAUUAAUUUUACCUGCUGUUUUUCCAUGACAUCCAUCACGUUUCAUCAGAGAAGUACACUACAGUUUCCUGACACUUUGUUUAGAUGCUUGAAAUUUCCUCUCCAGGUUGAAGGCUUUACCUACUUAUUAGCUGACAACUGUUGAAGUUGCAAAUAAAAGAGUUGAGUUUUGGUAAACCAAAAAACAAAAAUGAAAACCAAACAAAGAAGCUGUAUGUCCUGCUUAAUUGAUUUUAUGAAUGGAUUUUUCCUAAAUAUCGACUUCAGCUAUGUGAAUGUAACGUUCUGUAAGAGCAUCAUCUGGCUGACUCACAUGCGAAGAUGCAAUAACGCUAAAGAUCCUCUUUUUGCACUUAGGGUCUGACUCCAGCCCAUUGCAGUCAGUCCCAUUGAUUUCAGUGAGGUUUGGAUCAGGUCAAACUGACAACUCAGGGUUGUCGCCAAUCACUUAGGGUCCCGAAGUGUCCCAAGGCUGAAACCUGUAUCUAGCAAGUGUUGAAGUUUACAUUAAAUGUAUGUACUUUUGGAA